GUUAGACUGGAGGACAACAUUUUCUGAAGUUAUUCUGAGCCUCCCCUCUAAUGGUCAGAUUUUGGUACAGUCCAAAGAAAUUUCAGGUUAAGAAGCCGGGGACUGUUUGUUUGCAGUAUUGAUUUUGGAGAUUUUGUUUGCCUGACAGGUCAGGAGCAGAGAUUAUAUAAGCCAGGCUGGACAGAGGACUAUGUUUUCAUCAGUGAAAUCUUUCAAAGAUCAGAAGUAUCAUGAACUCAAGCAGCAGUGCAUCAAACAAGGACGACUCUUUGAAGAUCCUGAGUUUCCAGCAUCGGACGAAUCCCUUUUCUACAACAGGUGCCCCUCUGGAAGAGUGGAAUGGAAGCGGCCAAAGGAGCUCUGUGAAGACCCACACCUGUUUGUGAAUGGAAUCAGUGCCCAUGACUUGCAUCAAGGGAAGCUGGGGAACUGCUGGUUUGUGGCGGCUUGCUCCUGCUUGGCUCUUCGGGAGAAUCUCUGGCAAAAGGUGAUUCCAAACUUUAAGGAACAAGAAUGGGAUUCAAAGAGACCCCAGAAAUAUGCUGGGAUUUUUCACUUCCAGUUCUGGUGUUUUGGACAGUGGACUGACGUGGUCAUAGAUGACAGAUUGCCAACAAUUAAUGGGGAGCUGAUCUACUGCCAUUCCAACUUGGAGAAUGAAUUCUGGAGCGCACUGCUGGAGAAAGCUUAUGCAAAGCUGGCUGAGUCUUAUGAAGCCCUGGAUGGAGGCACUGCCGCAGAGGCAAUUGUCGAUUUCACUGGAGCAGUGGCAGAAUCCAUUGACCUGGUAAAGGGCAAAUAUUGUGAGAAUAUUUCUGAGCAAAUGAAGCUGUUUGAAGACUUGCUGAAAGUACAUAAAAGAGGCGGGUUAAUCAGCUGUUCCAUCACGGCCUCAUCCCCCAAUGACACCGAGGUGGAGACAGAGAUGGGUCUGAUCAUAGGCCAUGCCUACUCGGUGACGGCAAUUCAGAAGGUGCGCCUCGGAGAGAGGCUCCUGUUCUCUUUUAAAUCAGAAAAGCUCUUCAUGAUCAGAAUGAGGAAUCCAUGGGGAAAGAAGGAGUGGAACGGUGCAUGGAGUGACCAGUCCGAAGAAUGGAAGAAAGUGAGUGACUCAGAGCGUAAGAGCUUGGGACUCACUGUUCAAAAUGAUGGCGAGUUCUGGAUGACAUUUGAUGACUGGUGUCAGAACUUCACCGAUGUUGACAUCUGUCGUAUUGUGAACACUUCGUACUUCAGCAUCCACAAAACCUGGGAGAAGAAAAUGGUGCAUGGGGCGUGGACCAAGCAUUCAGAACCACUGAAAAACCGCUCCGGAGGAUGUUUCGAUUACAGAGCCACCUUCUUACAGAAUCCCCAGUAUGUCUUCGACGUCAAGAAGGUUGAGGACAAAGUGCUGAUUUCACUACAGCAACAGGAUCAGCGCAUUUACAAGAAAGAUGGCAAAGGGGACAACUUCCCUAUUGGCUUUGAAAUAUUCAAGGUGGAGCUUAACAGAGACUAUCGGAUACACAAGCUGCAAAUACAAGAAAGAGUGGCAACCUCUAUGUAUGUCAAUACACGCACUGUGUUCCUGAGGAAGCUCCUUGCACGGGGUCGCUAUGUUCUUAUCCCAACAACACACUAUCCUGGUAUCGUCACUGCAUUUAUCCUGAGGCUCUUUACAGAUGUGCCAUCAAAACUCAGGGAGCUGAAGCUAGAUAAACCUAAACAGACAUGCUGGAGCAUUCUGUGUGGUUACCCUCGCAUGGUCACCGAAAUUAAAAUUCAUUCUGCAGAAAGUCUACAGAGGCAAGACAGAUCAGGUGGGGCAGAUCCCUACCUGAUUAUCAAGUGUGAGAAUCAAAAAGUUCGCUCUGCUGUCCAGCAAGACACCGUCAGUGCCAUUUUUGACACACAAGCACUUUUCUACAGAAAGAACAUCAAGCGUCCCAUAAUUGUCCAGGUCUGGAAUAGCAAUGUCUUGUGUGACCAGUUCCUUGGACAAGUGCUGCUGGCAGCACUCCCCGGUGACCCCAGAGAACCGCAGACUCUCCAGCUCCGCGGAAAAGGUAGCCGAGAAGCGGACGAAAUGCCAGGUCACAUCAUCGUCAAGGUUGUUUCCAGUGAUGACCUCAUGGAGCUAUGAAUACCAGAGCCCCGCAGACCCAGACAAAGCUGUCGCCUCACAGCAAGAAUGCUUGUCUGUGCUUUCAGUGUGAAGGACUUGGGAGCAAAGGUUUCCAGAAAGCUCUCUCUUGCUCGGUCUGACCAUGGGGGGGAUGUGUGCAGGGGAGGGGUGAGGUGGUUUUUUGUUUGUUUGUUUUUUAAACGAAAAAAUAUAUAAUGCAGCAACUAUGGCAGGAGAUGGGCCACUCUAAAAUUCAGUGACAGCACUCGCUACCAAACAGCCACCUCCCCAUCCGUUCCAGCUGGGGGUGACAUUGCAGCAGAUUGAGGCGCACAAUCCUACAGCGCAGUAUUUUUGUUGUUGUCUAUUUCAGGGCAACAGGAGCAGCGCCAGGCAGGAAAGAUGCUAAUGUCCAUGGUGCACAGGUGGGGGGGAUGGAGUGCAGGAGCUGGCCCCAUGACUAAAUCCAUGCUCAGCCUUUGAAAUAUUUACCAGCACCCUGUUGCUUGUGACGGAUUUGUCUGGGCUGCGGUUGGUUGAAAUGAGUUAUUUUCAUUUAAUCCUAUGAUAAUUUGUAUUAACAGCACAAUUAUUACUACUAAUCAUACAUGACUAUGCCUCAGCUGAAACAUCAUUCCUAGAACAAUUGGAGCAGUCACUCAUAAUGCAUAGGAGUGGGAACCUGGUGGGGGAAAAAAAUCCCAACGUUAAAAUGAUAGACCCAAAUCCUGCAGUCCUUACUCAGACAUUGUAACCAAUGGGAGUUUUGCCUGCAUAAGGGCUGCUGGAUUAGACCCCAUAUUCCUUUUUCCUGAGCCAGCUGAGCUCACAAGGGCAAGUUUCUGACCGCAGGAAGACACCUGGAAAUUCAGCAGUGACUUGGAUCUAGUACAGACUUUUAGUAAUGAGAUUCUGUUUGCAGAGCAGCAGUGCUCUAAUAAAUGAGAUACUUUGAGAGAGGAAUAUCAUUGUUAUUAAACAUGCAAUUCACGUCACCCACACAAAUGAGGAUGUGCAUGAUGACAAAUUGAAUUGAGGAAGACACAAUCCUCCCAGCUGCUGGGAAGGAUAUGAAUGAAAGGCAGAGUCAUUGGGGGUUGGUUACUUGAUUGCAUUCCCCUGAGUUUUGAAUACACUGAGCACUAGUAAAUCCUUGUGUCAACCAAAUAUAAUGUAGGGCAGGCACUGACUAAGUUUUCCCACAGAGCAACCCAAGGCACACGCUUCCUUUCAACCUGUGCAUAUAGCACAAUGGUGGGGUUCCCCAGGGCAGAAUCAAGCCAUAUUGUCAAAAGGUAGCGAUUCCAGGUGUAGAAUAAUUUCACAAUGAAAUCCCAACCCUCAGCCUUCGACUUCUUUUAUUGCUGUUGCAAAUUCAGAGCUUGAGCAUGAAGCUCAAAGUUUCAGGUUGCAUUUUCAGA